AUGGCAGAAUUAGUUUUCCCCCCAGUUGCCGCACCAAUCCUUAAUGGUACAGAUGAAGGACUCAUAAGUCUGGAAUUGAAGGAUGGCACAGUUUAUCAAGGAUACAGUUUUGGUGCGAGGAAGAGUGUUGCAGGAGAAUUGGUCUUCCAGACAGGUAUGGUGGGGUACCCAGAGUCAAUAACUGACCCGUCAUACCGUGGACAAAUCUUGGUCAUUACGUUUCCUUUAGUGGGUAAUUAUGGUGUACCAUCCAGAGAAACAAUGGACGAACUUCUCAAGGAUCUGCCAGCACAUUUCGAGGCAUCCCAGAUUCACAUUGCAGGUUUGAUUACUGCUUCAUACGCCGGCGAAGAGUUUUCCCACUUCCUCGCAACCUCCUCUUUGGGAACAUGGUUGAAGGAGCAAGGUGUUCCGGCAAUCUAUGGUGUUGACACCAGAGCAUUGACCAAGAGAAUACGAGAAGAAGGUAGCAUGCUUGGACGAAUGCUGUUACAAAAGGAUACACUUACCAAUGGAAAUGGCAACAUCUCUACUUUAUCUUCAAAGGAUUGGAGAUCAUCGUUUGAAGCGAUUGACUGGAUGGACCCAAAUACCAAGAACCUUGUAGCAGAUGUAUCAAUUCGCGAGCCAAAACUAUACAAGCCUGAUCCUUCGAAUGCUUUAAAACAUCCUUCUGGUAGACCUAUACGUGUGUUGUGCUUGGACGUUGGAUUGAAAUAUAACCAAUUGCGCUGUCUUGUAAAACGUGGCGUGGAGGUUCUCGUUUGCCCAUGGGACUAUGAUUUCCCUACCCUCGCUGGAAAGGAUUAUGAUGGUUUAUUUAUUUCCAAUGGUCCUGGUGAUCCAGCCAUGAUGGAAAAGACUGUCAAGCACAUUCAAUCCGCUUUGAAGGAGAACCGAACACCAAUUUUUGGUAUCUGUCUUGGACAUCAACUUCUUGCCAGAGCUGCUGGAGCUCAAACUGAGAAGAUGAAGUUCGGAAACCGCGGGCAUAACAUCCCUUGUACGAAUUUGUUGACUGGGAAAUGUCACAUUACUUCCCAGAAUCAUGGUUAUGCUGUUCAAACUAGUUCCUUGCCCUCGGAUUGGGAGGAACUUUUUGUCAACGCCAAUGAUGGAAGUAAUGAGGGUAUCAGACAUGUCAACAGACCAUAUUUCAGUGUUCAAUUCCAUCCAGAAAGUACUCCUGGUCCUAGGGAUACUGAAUUUCUCUUCGAUGUCUUCAUCAACACAAUUGUCAAGACUCUUGACGACGAGAAGCUUCUUUCCGCGCCAGUCGUUUUCCCAGGUGGUGAAAUAGCUGAAAACCAAAAGCUCACUCCAAAAGUUAACGUUAAGAAAGUCCUUGUUUUGGGAAGUGGUGGUCUUAGUAUUGGUCAAGCAGGAGAAUUCGACUACUCUGGAAGUCAAGCUAUCAAGGCUCUUAAGGAAGAAGGGAUUUACACCAUUUUGAUCAAUCCUAACAUCGCUACAAUUCAAACUUCCAAAGGAUUGGCUGACAAGGUUUAUUUCCUUCCUGUCACUGCUGAGUUUGUUCGCAAGGUCAUCACUUAUGAGAAACCUGAUGCGAUUUACGUCACAUUUGGUGGCCAGACCGCUUUACAAGUUGGUAUUCAACUCAAGGAUGAAUUUGAAGGUCUCGGAGGCACGCCCAUUAGCACUAUCAUCACUACGGAAGAUCGUGAGUUGUUCGCUCGAAGUAUGGAAUCGAUUGGCGAAAAAUGCGCCAAGUCUGCUUCGGCCAACAAUAUUGACGAAGCUAUGCACGUUGUGAAGGAUAUUGGUUUCCCAGUUAUCGUUCGUGCCGCAUAUGCUUUGGGAGGCCUUGGAAGUGGUUUCGCAGAUAAUGAGCAAGAGUUAAUGGAACUCUGUAACAAAGCUUUCGCCGCCAGUCCUCAGGUUUUGAUCGAGCGAAGUAUGAAAGGAUGGAAGGAAAUUGAGUAUGAAGUUGUCCGAGAUUGUCGUGACAAUUGUAUCACGGUUUGUAACAUGGAGAACUUCGAUCCUUUGGGAAUCCAUACUGGAGACUCAAUCGUCGUUGCUCCAUCACAAACAUUAUCCGAUGAGGAUUACAACAUGUUGAGAACCACAGCUGUCAACGUCAUCCGCCAUCUUGGAGUUGUUGGAGAAUGUAACAUUCAAUACGCGCUCAACCCUGACUCAAAGGAAUACUGCAUUAUCGAGGUCAAUGCUAGAUUGUCUAGAUCUUCAGCACUUGCAUCCAAGGCUACUGGGUAUCCAUUAGCCUUCAUUGCCGCAAAGCUCGGUCUCAACAUUCCUCUCAAUGAGAUCAAGAACUCAGUCACUCAACAGACUUGUGCUUGUUUCGAACCAUCUUUGGAUUAUGUUGUCGUCAAGAUGCCACGUUGGGAUUUGAAGAAAUUCACUCGUGUUUCUACACAACUUGGUUCAUCGAUGAAGAGUGUUGGUGAGGUUAUGAGUAUUGGAAGAACCUUCGAAGAAGCCAUCCAGAAAGCCAUUCGUGCUAUAGAUUUCCACAAUUUGGGCUUCAGUGCAACUAAGGCUUUGAUGUCAAUCGAUGAUGAACUUCAAACGCCUUCCGAUCAACGUCUAUUUGCCAUCGCCAACGCUAUGCAGUCCGGUUACUCCGUGAACAAGAUUUGGGAAAUGACAAAGAUCGACAAGUGGUUCUUGAACAAGCUCAAGGGCUUGAAUGACUUCAGCAAACAUAUGUCGACCUUCACUACAAGCACCAUCUCAUAUGACCAGAUUAGACAGGCUAAACAGCUUGGAUUCUGCGAUAGACAAUUAGCUAAAUUUUGGGAUUCCACAGAACUUGCUGUGAGAUUAUUGAGAACUGAUGCCGGCAUUGUUCCAGUCGUCAAGCAAAUCGAUACUGUUGCUGCUGAGUUUGAGGCUCACACCAAUUAUCUCUACAUGACCUACAAUGGAUCCGAGAGCGAUAUUUCCUUCAACGAUCACGGUGUCAUGGUCCUCGGUUCAGGAGUUUACAGAAUUGGAUCAUCCGUCGAGUUUGACUGGUGUUCCGUUCGUGCCAUCCGAACCCUUCGCGAAUCUGGGUUCAAGACUGUUAUGGUCAAUUAUAAUCCAGAGACUGUCAGUACUGAUUACGAUGAAGCCGAUAGAUUGUACUUUGAGAACAUUAACCUCGAGACUAUUCUCGAUAUCUACGAAUUAGAGUCUUCUAGUGGUGUUCUCAUUGCUAUGGGAGGUCAAACACCAAACAACAUUGCCCUUCCACUUCAUCGACAAAACGUCAAGAUUCUUGGAACAUCACCUGAGAUGAUUGAUACUGCUGAAAAUCGUUUCAAGUUCUCUCGUAUGCUUGAUGGUAUCCAUGUUGAUCAGCCAACAUGGAAAGAAUUGACUAGUUUCGAGGAUGCAAAGACAUUCUGUAACAAAGUUUCUUACCCAGUCUUAGUGCGACCGUCUUAUGUACUCUCAGGUGCAGCUAUGAACACUGUCUACUCUGAGCCAGACCUUGAAGCCUAUCUUGCUCAGGCUGUUGAGGUUUCUAGAGAUCAUCCAGUUGUCAUCACCAAGUAUAUUGAGAACGCAAAGGAGAUUGAGAUGGACGCCGUUGCGAAGGAUGGUGUCAUGGUUGGUCACUUCAUCUCUGAGCACGUCGAAAAUGCUGGUGUGCAUUCUGGUGAUGCUACCUUGAUUUUACCUCCCCAAGAUCUUGAUCCUACCACAAUCAAGAGAAUUGAAGAAGCUACUCGCUUGAUCGGUAAAGCCCUCAACAUCACUGGUCCUUACAAUAUCCAGUUCAUCGCCAAGGAUAAUGACAUCAAGGUCAUCGAAUGUAAUGUUCGAGCAUCUAGAUCAACACCGUUCGUUUCAAAAGUCAUGGGUGUUGAUCUUAUUGAGAUGGCUACCAAAGCUAUCAUGGGUGUACCAUUCAUGCCUUACCCACAAACCGAAUUACCUUCGGGUUGUGUAGGUGUGAAGGUACCUCAGUUCAGUUUCUCUCGACUCUCUGGUGCUGAUCCAGUUCUUGGUGUUGAGAUGGCUUCGACUGGAGAAGUCGCUUGUUUCGGGCGUGAUAAGUAUGAAGCUUAUAUCAAGGCAUUGAUCUCCACUGGAUUCAAGCUCCCAAACCGCAACAUUCUUCUCUCUAUUGGUUCAUUCAAGGACAAGAAAGAAAUGCUUCCAUCUGUUGUCAAGCUUCAGAAAUUGGGAUACAAGCUUUUUGCUACAGCUGGUACCGCAGAUUUCUUGCAGGAGCACGAUGUUCCAGUUCAAUACCUCGAAAUCCUCGGAAAGGGUGAGGAUGAUCAAAAGUCUGAAUACUCUCUGACCCAACAUCUCGCCAACAAUAUGAUCGAUCUCUAUAUCAAUCUUCCUUCUAGCAACAGAUAUAGAAGGCCUGCAAACUAUAUGAGUAAGGGAUACCAAACUAGACGUAUGGCUGUUGACUACCAAACUCCUUUGGUCACCAACGUCAAGAACGCCAAGAUCCUCAUUGAAGCCAUCGCAAGACAUUAUGAUAUGGAAAUCAGUGGUUUUGAUGCUCAAACCAGUCACAGAACUAUUGUCCUCCCUGGUCUCAUUAACAUUGCCGCUUUCGUUCCUGGCAUUACCACCCGUGGUAGCCGUGAUUUCCAAACUGUCACCAAAGCAUCCAUCGCAUCUGGUUUCAGUAUGAUUCGUGUUAUGCCUCUUGGUCUUGACGGAUCAGUUACUGAUGCUAGAGCACUAAAGGCAGCUCAGCUUAACAGCAAGCUUGGUUCAUCUUGCGAUUACAAUUUCUCUGUUGCCGCAACUUCUUCCAACGCCGAUCAAAUUAGUCAAGUUACUGGUGAAGUUGGUUCCCUCUUCAUUCCAUUCAACCAUUUGUCAGAUAAUAUCAGCAAGGUGCCAGCUGUUACUGCUCAUUUUGAAUCAUGGCCAUCAUUCAAGCCAAUCAUUACCGAUGCGAAGAUGACUGACCUUGCAUCAAUCCUUCUUCUUGCAAGUCUCCAUAGCCGAAAAAUUCACAUCACCAAUGUCACUACUAAGGAUGAUAUUGGAUUAAUUGCAUUGGCCAAGGAGAAGGGUCUUCAAGUCACUUGUGAUGUUGCAGUUUACGCUCUUUUCUUCAGCCAGGAUGAGUUCUCUGGAGCUUCUUUCCUUCCAACUGCUAGAGAUCAAAAGGCAUUGUGGGAACACAUGCAUAUCAUUGAUGUCUUUUCCAUCGGUAGCAUACCAUAUCAACUAGCAACUUUUGCCAAGGCAGAGGCAAACGCGGCUGUUGGUAUUGCUGAUACUUUACCUCUAUUGUUUUCAGCUGUUGCAGAUGGUAAACUCACAGUCGAUGAUAUUAAGGCUCGUCUUCAUGAUAAUCCCAAGGAAAUUUUCGAAAUUCAUGAUCAAGUCGGAGCUUCUGUAGAGAUUGAGAUUGAUCGACCAUACACUUUCAAGCCUGGAGCAGUUUGGUCCCCACUUGUUGGAAAGGUUGCAAGAGGAGCUGUUCAAAGAGUCAUCUUCCAAGAUAAGACUGCUUGUCUAGAUGGUCUUCCUACUCAAGAUGCUAUCGAUGGAAAAGAUAUGUCAUCGCAUCUUAUUGAUUUACAUACCACAGUCCCACAAUCACCAUCCGUCAAGGCUCAUCCUGGAUCUCCAGGCUUCGGACCUAGACCGGAUAGUUCUCAUGGUUUGAGAAAGUUUUCUACAUUUGGCAAUGCCCCAUCCUCGGCCAUGCGACCCCCAACUCGAUCAAGGUUCUUGGAUGGUGUUGUCAAUCAAACACAACAACUUCGUUCUCCAGUUAAUGAAGAUAUGGGAUCUCCAUUGUAUCCUCAGCCAACCAUGGCACCGUCUCUACAAACUCUCCUCGGUCAAUCACCAUUCAAGAACCAACACGUUCUUUCCGUUAAUCAAUUCUCCCGUCAAGAUCUUCAUCUACUUUUCUCUGUUGCUCAAGAAAUGAGAUUAGGUGUGCAGCGUGAAGGUGUUCUUUCUAUUCUCAAAGGACGUCUACUUUGCACCAUGUUUUAUGAACCAUCUACUCGUACAUCUGCAUCAUUUGAUGCCGCCAUGCAACGAUUGGGAGGACGAACAGUUGCAAUUGCCACUUCCCACUCUUCCACUGUUAAAGGUGAAUCUCUAGCAGAUUCCAUUCGUACUCUUGGUUGUUAUGGAGAUGCUAUUGUUCUCCGUCACCCUGAGGAGAGUAGUGCUGCAACAGCUGCCAAGUUUUCACCUGUACCAAUUAUCAACGGAGGUAAUGGAAGCAAGGAACAUCCUACUCAAGCAUUCUUAGAUUUGUUCACAAUCCGAGAAGAAUUAGGUACAGUCGGAGGUCUUACCAUUACCUUUACAGGUGAUUUACGAUAUGGUCGCACCGUUCACUCUCUCGUCAAGCUUCUCCAACAUUAUGAUGUUCACAUUCAACUUGUCUCCCCACAAGCUCUAUCACUUCCACAGGAUAUAUUGGCACUUAUCAAAUCCAAGCCUGGUCAAUUACUUUCAGUCUCUACUGAGUUGACUCCUGAGAUUAUUGCUCGAUCAGAUGUUCUUUACUGUACUCGUGUACAAAAGGAAAGAUUUGCCGAUUUGGAGGAAUAUGAAAGAUUGAAGGAUAGCUUCAUCAUUGAUAACAAGACAUUGAGAAAUGCUAAGAGUUCAAUGGUUGUUAUGCAUCCAUUACCAAGAAAUGCCGAGAUUGGAGAGGAAGUAGAUUUCGAUCAAAGAGCUGCAUACUUUAGACAGAUGAGAUAUGGCCUUUACUGUCGCAUGGCAUUGUUGGCCUUGGUAUUAGCACCAUAG